AUGGACCAACAAGACAAAUCCAAUAUACCAGGGAAAGAUGAAUUUGUGUGUAAAGUACAAUCCUAUCUUAGAACACAUUGCACACCAUCCGAGGAGGAACAGAAGAAAUAUCAUCAUGAUUUUGCAGCUUCUACUUCAUUUCACGGCGUUCAUAAUCUGGUCAACGACAAUAGCAAUGGAACCAGAAGUAGGAUCCGGAAAGUGAUAUGGAUGUCCGUUGUUACAGUGUCCAUCAUUAUGGCCUCUUGGCAAGUCUGCACAAGAUUCAUUAUUUAUUUCAGCUGGCCAACUACUACUUCGGUAACAGUUCAAUAUGUUGACAACAUUGAAUUCCCCUCUGUGACAUUUUGCAAUUUAAACAGGUUCCAAACAAAAGCUGUGACCAACCUUAGUAUUGCAAUUUUUAUGUGGAAUAUUGUGUCUGCAGUUCUUCACUUAUCCAACACUAACAAUCCUGAGAAAGAUUUACAAGACGUGGCUGAUUUUCUACGAUUAAACCAAAACUUCAGCAUUAAGGAGUUUACAAAAAACAGCGGCUUUUAUCUCAAUAAAAGCACUCUGCUGAAAUGCACUUACUUUGGUGUUCCAUGUAAUGCAGAGGACUUUGAGCAUAUUUUCACCGAAUAUGGAAACUGCUAUACAUUUAAUCACAAUGAUAGUUCCACAAACAAAAAGGUCAGCUCACCAGGAAGUGGACUAAGUAUACUCUUUGAUAUUAAACAGCCAGAAUUCACUGAUGAUCCUUCAUUAGGUUAUGUUGAUGCUGGAAUCACAUUCGUAAUACAUUCGCCAAAGCUGAAUCCUAGAUUUGAUGGCCUUGGUCUACAUAGUCCCGUGGGAAUGCAUGCACAUGCUUCAAUUCGCUACUUCAAGACAAUUGCCCAGGAACACCCUUGGGGUGAAUGCAACCCUAAUUUGAAGUUGAACUUUCAUGAGGUAUACAGUACAUAUGGCUGCUUACAAGAGUGCAAAUCUCGUUAUAUACAAGAUAAAUGUGGGUGCUUACCAUUUCUCCUACCAGGCAAUGGAAAGGAAUGUGACAUCCUGCAGUUGUAUAAAUGUGUUUCCCAAGCACUUUAUAAGAUUGAAAAACAUGAUAUUUGUACCGUGGGUACUUACAAUUCCACCUGUCCCGUUCCAUGUGAGGAGACAGACUUUCCUGCUACUAUAUCAUAUUCUACUUUCCCAAGCGAUAAGGCAGCUGAGUACCUUUCCACAAAACUGAGGAAGAAUGUUAAGUACAUGAGGAAUAAUUUGGUUUAUAUUGAUAUUAAAUAUCAUGAACUCAACUACAAAAUAACUAAGCAACAGAAAGCACUGACAGCCGCAGAGCUACUGUCUGAUGUUGGCGGACAGCUUGGUCUAUUCUGCGGAGCAAGUAUGAUUACAAUCAUAGAGAUUUUGGAAUAUCUAUGUACAAAUGUCUACUGGGUAUGCAUCUUUCUAAUUCUGAAAGCACCUACAAUGCCCCAAUGGACAGUAAACCAUUCAAGAUACAAGAGGGAGGGAUGCUGA